GAGAAAACCAAAGCAACCGAGUCCUCCACAGCAUCGAUUUGUAUACUGGAGAUCGAGGUGCUGAUCCUGAAGAUGUCAUUGAGGAACAUGAUGAAGAUGACCGUCAAGUUCUAAGACAUGGCGAGGAUCUUCGUGAUGGCGAUGCUGCUGACCGUGACGAGGAGGAUCUUCUUGGUCAGGCUGACAAAGAUGUGAAUGUAAACUUCCAGGCCCACCACGUGAUUUUGGACCUGCGCGACUCAACCGAGGAGGCAAACUUCCGCCAUGUUUUUCCUGAUUUGUUUUAUGAAACAAGGAGGACAACGACAAAAGGAGGUUCUGCUACAACUUCUACUUCUACUAGUACUACAACUUGUGCUGUAACGAGGAGGACCAUUUUUUUGACACAACUUAAUAGAAGAUUCCUUUUUCUUCGUUGAGCAUGACUUUCAGCCCUCUAAUAAAACUCAAAGACGAGAAAUGGGAACCGACAGCAGCGGCAGCGCAGGAUCGUCCGUGGCAGCCGCGCGAAAAUCGACGACAUCAUUCAUUUUGGAUGCGGAGCUCACCUGCACUUGUUGGGAGAAAUCAAAGUUGCUGACAUUCCAUUUCCACAAGUCCUGAGUACACGAUUAUCUCUUCGUAUUUCUGUUAGAAGUGCCUUGUAA